CUCGAAAUGUUUCCCAACCCUUAUUUGCUAUCUAUUCCUUCCGGAAUUUUUAUACUUGCUUUGUUUAUUACAACCUCAUUGGCGCAAACCUGUCCCAACGACGACUCGAAAAAUGUCAUAGAUUUUCUAGAUGUUGAGCUCACAGCAAAUCCUCCAUAUUCUGGACCAUCAUUCUGCGACCUGGACGUCGACGAUGAGGACGAUCUUAUAAAAAUAAAUUGUCAAAUUACCAUUGACAAGCCCCUCAACAGCACAUGUACUGCUUCGUUGCAAGGAUACAACAGAAACAGAAAUGGAGACUGGCAGCCAAUCUUGAACCAGACGCAACAACCACUUUGCGAGUUCAUGAACCAGUACUCAGCUGUUAUCGCUGAUUUGUCCAAGUAUGGGAACUUCCCCACCAAAUGUCCCAUUCAGCCCGGGAAAGUGGAGAUCCGGGGCUACUACCCUGACGAUUGUCUCUUGCCAGAAAAUAUUCCAGAAGGCAGACUCAAGUUUGAUCUCAAUAUCGAAUGUGAGUAUGACGGUGAGGUGAUGACAGUGCUUGAAGCGGAACUACAAGAGAACGUUAAGUCUGAAAGCAUGGGUGGAUCAGGCCCCUCUGCAGGCUGAUCAGGUGGACACGUUAUAUCCUUUUUGGUUCAGCGGUUGGCACGUCAAGCAAUCUAUACAACAACUUGGGAGCCAUUAAUAUGAGUGUUCCAGAAAAUUACGUGCAUGUCGCAAGAUGGAAUAUUGGAAGUAGGGUCGAUGUAUAGUCGACUGUACAUUCUACGGACUCUAAACGUCAUUAAGAAGAACACGCGUGCAUCAUGUUGUAGUAACCAAAUUUGUUACUUCCAUCACUCACUAAGAACCAGAAGCAUACCAAGAUGCAGACUAUAUGCCAAUUACUC